AUGUCGGGCGCAAAGAAAACUCGAGGUCGACAAAAGAUUGAGAUGAAAAAGAUGAGCAAUGAAAGCAACUUGCAAGUGACUUUCUCGAAGCGCCGUAGUGGGCUCUUCAAGAAAGCCAGUGAGCUUUGUACCCUUUGUGGUGCAUAUAUUGCUCUAAUCAUAUUCUCACCUAGUGAGAAGGUAUUUUCAUUUGGUUAUCCAAAUGUUGAAACGGUCAUAGAUCGUUAUUUGUCUCUGAUCCCACCCCAAAAUGAUGGCAUCAUGGAAUUCAUGGAGGAUUUCCGUAGAGCCAAGGUGCGUGAGCUCAAUGGUAUAUUGACUCGUAUGAACGAUGCAAUAGACAUUGACAAGAACCGUGAGAAUGAGUUGAACCAACAACGAAAGAUGAAUGGGGGUCAGUUUUGGUGGACUCGUCCCAUUGAUGAGAUGAAUAUGGUCCAACUUGAUUUGUUAAAGAAGGCUUUGGAGGAUCUUCAGAAACUUGUUCGACAACAUGCUGAUAGGGUUGAAAUGCAAGGUACUUCUACCCAAGCCCUUCCAUUUUUUGUUGGAAAUGGUUCAUCCUCCAACAUGCCUAUUGAGCAUCAACCAAAUCCUCAACAAGAAUCAAAUUUUUCAGCUGAUUUUUUUCAUACCCAUAUGUUGCAACCUCAUUUGUUUGGUUUCAACAACAUGGGAGGACAAGAUGGACAUGGUCCUCAUGGGUUCGUUUGA